ACAAAUUGAAUUACAGAGCUAUCCGAAAUUGUAAAGGAUAACGCAAAUUUGAUUUGGAAGGGGAAGGAAGUUGCAGUUGCAAGGUGGAGAGUUUAUUGAGAGAGAGAGAGAGAGAGAGAGAGAGAGAGAGAGACGUGUAGGUUCAAUCUGAAUGGCCACGCUUGGCUUUGGCUUUGCUACCACAAGUGUGAGUGCCGCCGCUGGUUAUCGCAGGAGAAGCAACUGCAGGUGGCGCAAACCCACAAUUUUGGCCGUUGGAUGGGACCCCGAAGGCGUGUUUGGUCCACCCCAAACCGGCCACCUCGCCGGGCUCGAAUUUCGAAGACGCCUCGAGAGAGACGCAGAAGCCCGCGAAGCCUUCCAACGUCAAGUCCAAGAAGAGAAAGAACGCCGUCAAACCCUUCGACAAUCCCGUAUUGAACCCGAUACUCCAGAAGAGCUCAUUGAAUACUUUCUUGACACUGAAGCUCAGGAGAUUGAGUUUGAGAUUGCGAGAAUGAGACCGCGAUUGGAUGAGGGAUUCUUUGCUCAACUGAAAUUCGAGUUAGGACAGCUUCGGUUCGCUGUUAACAAAACAGAGCACAUGGAGGAAAGACAGAUUGAACUAGAGGCUCUAGAGAAAGCCAUACAAGAAGGAAUAGAGGCCUAUGAUAAGAUGCAAGGUCAACUCAUUAAAGCCAGGGCAAGCCUAACCAAAAUCUUGACAUCAAAGGAUGUUCAAGCAACUUUGCUGGAUAUGGUUGAAAAGAAUGAAAUUAAUAGAUCUUUGUUGGCACUUCUAGAUGAAAACAUAGCAAAUGCACAUAAGGGUAAUCAGAAAAAGGCUGCAGAAUACAUGGAGAAGCUCCGGGGGUCUGUUAUUAGGUACAUGACAGUUUAGUGCAUAUAGUACUUUUCUUCCCACUUUUCUAUUAAUUUGUGUGAAAAUUGUAUUUUUGAUAAAUGUAUCAAAUAAAAAAGUACCAAACAACUGAGAUGUUGCGGUAGCAACUGUAAUAUCUGAACUAAGAAAUUGUAAAUUUUGAAAUACGGCCUGUGUGUAUCAUUCACUGAAAUUUUGAUGAAAAGUGAUUUUAGAACCAGAAUAUAAACUUCCUAUCUUGAUUC